AUGGGGCACUUCACCGUUGAGUCUGCCUGGAAUGCCCUUAGGUCCCCAUCAUCUUCGGUUUUUUGGGAUAAGGUUAUCUGGCAUAAAUUCCUUCCGCCUAGGCUCUCUACCCUGGGUCGUCGCUGGUUGCAUGACAAGAUCCCUACUGAUGAGAAAAUUCAAUCUGGAGGAACUCACCUUCCUUCUAGCUUCUCAACUGAGUUAUGGAGGAAGGUUUUAGACUUGUUUAACGUAGCCUGGACCAGCAAAGAUUCAGCGAUAGACAUGGUUGUUUGGUGGCGCAACAAGGGCAAAGGAUGGUCUUUAAAGAUGGGUUGGACGUUCAGUUUGCUUGUUACGAUGGCUGUGAUCUGGAAUGAAAGAAAUCAGAGGCGCUAUGAGGGUAAAUCGAGAAGCGCAACAUUAGUCCUUCGUGGCAUUAAAAGUGAGAUUUCUUUUUUAUGUAGUAGUAAAAAAUUCUACCCCAAAUCUGUAGAGGACCUCAUUAUCUGUAGAAGACUUAAUCUUGGUACUGCUCCCCGUAGCAGACAAGGGAUUCUGAAAGUCCAUUGGUGCAAGCCUAUCCAGACUUGGGUGAAGCUAAAUGUUGAUGGGUGUUCCCUUGGCAACCCUGGUCGUGCAGGAUGCGGAGGUAUUUUUCGGGACCACCAGGGGAGAAUGAUGCGGUGCUUUAGUUUCUCCCUGGGCGUGGAUUCCAGCUUUUCAGCUGAGAUUUGGAGCAUGAUUAAAGGCAUUUCGAUUGCUCAAGACCUACAUAUAUCUCACCAUUGGAUCGAGUCCAACUCCUCUGCAGCGGUUUCCCUCUUUCACCACAGGCUCAUUCCAUGGUUUGUGUAUCAAGAAUGGUGCCAUCUCCUUUCAUACUUGAUCUCUGUAGAGUGGAAGAUUACUCACUGCUUCAGGGAAGCUAAUCCUGUUGCUGACUACUUGGCAAAGACAGUGGCUUCAUCUGGAGCCUCCUCUGAUGAGGCUACCCUGCCUCCUAUGUUGAUCAAUGAGCUGAUUACAGAUGAAGGGGGGCGGCCUAGAUAUAGAUUUUAUUCUUAG